AUGUUUCAUUCUUCAUCACCAACACCACCAUUGAAAAGCACCACCACCACCAUAAUCACCACCUCCACUUCACCCAUCACCGCCAACACCAACACCACCACCACUUCACCCAUCAACACCAACAUGACAUUAUCACCACAACCGAAUACACAAUCAUCAUCAUUCAAUCAUUUUCUUCAUUCUGUUUGUAUCACUCAUGACUGUUAUCAAUCUUGUCUCUCUCAUGCAUUGACAUGUAGUGAAGAAGAAAUUAUGGGUCUAUUAAUAGGAUAUGAAGUGAAUGGAGUGAGUUAUAUAUGGGAUUGUUGUCCAUUGAGAAGAUUGGAUAAGAGAAGAGAUCGAGUAGAAAUAUCACCUGAACAAUUAGUUCAUGCUGCACAAAUGGCUGAAAAAUUAUCAAUCCAUACGCAUCAUUCCAGAGUUGUCGGAUGGUAUCAUUCUCAUCCUCAAUUUAUUCAUUUACCAAGUACAAUAGAUUUAAAUUGUCAAUUUCAAUAUCAACAAAUGGAUCAAGGAUUUGUUGGAUUAAUUAUUUCUUUAUUUAGUAAUGAAAAGAAGAACCAAUUGAAUGAUGUCUCGAUGGACAACAAUAAUAUUGGAAGUAUCAAAUUGCAUGCAUUUCAAGCGAGAAGAGCCGGUCCUCUCUCCAUGACUCCACGAGAUUUAUAUCAACAACAGCAACAACAACACAAUUCCAUUCAUUCCCCAUUCACAGCCAUGGAAUCCAUCAUGUUACAAGCUGUGAGUGUGCCAAUAGAAAUUAUUGAUGAUCACAUAUUAUUGAAAAGUGAACGAUUCACCAUGGUCUCUGAUCAACAUUCAACCACUCCAUCUUUAAUGUCGUAUUGGCCAAGAAAUUCUCUCCAACGUAUCAUUCAAAUUCAAGAAGCAAUUAUUGAUGAGGAGAGAGAUGAAUUUCAUCGAGCGAUAGACUUAUCAGAUCAUGCUCACAACACUACCAAUUUAUUUACAAAUUUUGUGUACAAUACUUCCAUAUAUCAGGCGAAUUUGGUCAAUUUAAUUGAAAAUUGUUUAGAUCCUCUCAGAGAUUCAUUAUUGAAUGAAUUGGAAAGAAAUUUAAAUGAAAUUAAUCAACUACUACAAGCAGAGAGCGAACCAUCCAACCCAUCCAAGUAG